AUGACUCCCGCACAGAACGGAAGCCAUCCGGCAAGUUCCUUGAAGAGAUCUAACACACACUACUAUUACUCUGCACCGAAUAUUCUAGAAUCGAACGGCACAGGAGCUGAUAUGGAUUCCCCGCGUCGGAGUCGGAACCGUGCCGCAUGCAGGCGUUGCCAGAGACGCAAGAUUCGAUGCAAUGGCGAGCUUCCUCAGUGUUCGGCAUGCAAGAAGGCAAAUGUGGCUUGUGUCAAUGAUGGAAAGCAAGAGGUCAACCGCACGCAAGUCUCUCGCAAAUGCCAGUAUAUCGCAAAUCUGCAGAAGCGCGUCCAGUGGCUUGAGUCACUGGUAAAAGAACAUACCAACGUACGACUAGAAGAUGGACCUGAUUCCCAGGCAACGGAGACCUUUGACGAAGAUCGGAUCGAAUCCUCAUCUACUGCAGAUCAACAUGCACAACCUUUGAGUGAGACUGUGGACCCCCAGCCCUCUCGCACACAACCACGACAAGCGCACGAGAUUGGGCUUGUCUCAUUGUUCCCUGGCGGGGAACCACGAUACAUAGGCCCAUCCAGUGGCUACUUCCUCGCAAAUCUUGUCUUUUCUAGUGCUGGUCGGCGAAGCAAGCCACCGGGCGCCCAGGAUAUUGGACAUGGAUCCAUAUCUUUGUCUAAUGAGCUCUUCAACAGCCCUACCACCCUCCCGGGCCGCAAAGAAGAUGCGAUCGAGCUCUCCUCGAAGUACUUCUCAUACAUUCAUAUUCUCUACCCAUUUCUACAUAGGCAAACACAUAUGCAGCGCGUCGAGAAGAUGUAUUCCAUCGCCAAUAGUCCUCCUGAUCCGCUUACAGCCUUCCACGUCUAUAUGGUUUUAGCUAUUUCUGCAUCCGAUCUCUCCCGGCGUUAUCGAAUUCGACUUCCUGCCGAAGGCUACUACACAGCUGCUACAGAAUUCUUCAAAGAUGCCUGCGUUGAAGGGUCUCUUGAGGGACUCCAAAGUUCACUCCUCCUCAUGGUCUACGCCUUGCACAACCCAUCAUGUGGAGUGAACAUAUGGAGCCUCAAUUACCAGUGUCUUGGUGCUUUAAUUGACCUGGGUCUUCAACGCGAUGUUCGGUCGUCAUCGACUUUUUCAAUAUCUUUCUUGCAACAAGAAAUGAGAACCCGGAUUUUCUGGGUCGUGUACAAUUUUGAUCGGACACUGGGUACCAUGAUGGGGAGGCCGAUCGGGGUUCGGGAUGAAGCAUGUGAACUUAGAUUCCCAUCAGAUGUCGCCGAUCAAGAUCUUAGUACCGAGUCAGCACCCGAGCGGAAUCUCCAUGAGAGCCCCGUGUCACCCAUGACCUUCUCCAUCCAUCUUUUCAAAUUGGCUCGAAUCAAUUCAGAAAUCAAAUAUGUCAUGCACAGUAUCUGCAGAGAAGCUCCCAGAUAUGCCUACCCACCAGUGACUGAUAUUCAUGGAUGGCAAAGAGACAUGAUGGAUCAACUUCAGGCAUGGUACUCGGAUAUCCCUCAACUACACCAAAUGACAUCGAUCCGUAAAAUUUGCGAGAUAAGGUAUCACGAGAUGAUGAUUCUUCUUUUGCGGCCUAGCCCAGGUAUACCCGACCCCUCUGAAGAAGUAUUUUCCCGUUGUUACAAUCACGCCGUUGAUCUACUCCGAGGGUUUGGCGAGCUCUACAAGCAAAACGACCUUAGAUACAGUCGCCUCGUCGUUCACUCAAUAUUUCUCGGAACUCUCAUAAUGCUACACUGCCUAUGGAGGCUUCCACAAAUAGCCUCUGCCAUUCAGAUUGAUGAUUUGGUGGCUGAUACAGGCAUCAGUUUGAAUAUUCUCAGCAGCAUUGGCGAGUACUGGACGGAGGCAAAAAGAGUAAGGGAUUGCAUUCAUGAGAUAUCAGGCGUCACUGUGCAACGCUUGAUCAAGAGCCGUGGACUUGAUACAUCCUCACGCAGAGGGAGGACGGAGCCCAGUCUUGUUGCGACGUCUACUAUGAGAAGUACACGGAACCAACCCACAAGUACUACAGAGAUACUUGAUCCAGUUGGCUCUGGUGUAGAUAUUACAUCCACCAUGAACACAUUUGAUUAUGAUUUGGGUCUGGACACGUCAAGUUGGUUGAAUGACUCGAUGUCUUCUGGGUUCAUGGAUAUUGCUGGUGUUCCAGAUUUUGAUUCUUUAAUGUGGGAUGUUUUUAAUGCUACUUAA